UCCAAUUAUAAAAUAUCGUUCCCUUUUAUUUGUCUAUUUUGCAAAACCCCCAAAUUCUCUAGCUCUCUCUCACGCCGCACCGUAGCGAACAAGUGAAUCCACGAGGAGAUCUCGGUAGAUACUAUGGCUACCAACGAACCCGAGCACGAGCACAGAGACGAUGAAGAGGCCGUAGCUAACGAGGAUGAGGACACCGGAGCUCAGGUCGCUCCUAUCGUUAGGCUUGAGGAGGUUGCCGUCACUACCGGCGAGGAAGACGAAGACGCCGUCCUCGAUCUGAAAUCGAAGCUAUAUCGGUUUGACAAGGAUGCGAAUCAGUGGAAGGAGAGAGGAGCUGGUACUGUGAAGCUCUUAAAGCAUAAGAAUACUGGGAAGAUUCGUCUCGUCAUGAGGCAAUCGAAAACUCUGAAGAUCUGUGCUAAUCACUUCGUUAAACCGGGCAUGAGUGUUCAGGAACACGUUGGAAAUGAAAAGUCUUGUGUAUGGCACGCUAGUGACUAUGCCGAUGGAGAACUGAAGGAUGAACUUUUCUGCAUCCGAUUUGCUUCAAUUGAGAAUUGCAAAGCAUUUAUGGAAAAGUUCAAUGAGGUUGGUGAAAGUGAAGAAAAGAAAGAAGAGAGCAAAGAUGCCUCUGACACCGCUGGUCUUCUUGAGAAGUUGACAGUGGAAGAGACAAAGACAGAGGAGAAACCUGUGGAGAAGGUGAAGACUGAAGUGGAAGCAGAGGAAAAGAAAAAGGGCGAGCCAGAGAAAGCUGAUGAGGAAAAGAAAACCGAAGAGGCUAGUCCCUCAGCUUAACAACAUUUACGUUGCCAAAUCCUGGCGAGGUAAUUUAGCCUCAAGAGGGUUUUGAUGCAUCCAUCUCGGGUCUACCAUUGUCUUGGCACUAUCUUAUCUAUGUACACAUGUGUUGUCGAGUCAUAUCAAGUGGUUAGGGGAUCGCUUGGGGUCGGGUUUUGCUGAGUCGUUUUGGGUCUAUAGUUUUGAGUCGUAAGCGUCGUCGAGUGAUACGAGAGAUUCGGGUGAAAAAAGGAUUUUUAAAGUUGGUUAUCUGGAAGAGUACAUUGGAUUCAUUGUUUUAAGUUUUCUUAUGGAUCCGUUUUGGGUGGUCAUAUUUUGAGGAUAGAAAGAUAUGGUAUUUUGUUCAUGAACAAGAGUCAGAAGUCUUCAUUUGUUUUCUAUUACAAAAUUGAAUUCAUGUGGUUUUUUUAAAUCUUUCAUUUGCAAUUCGAAAUUGUCUUAGCUCGACUUCAUGUUAAAUGCCAGCAAGUCGAUGCUA